ACAAAUAUUCACACUGUGUGGCUUGGAGGAUUUCCCUGAUAGACAUGUGGUAGGUCUAUAUAAGAGAAUAAAACAAUUAAAGUAGAGUCCAAACUCCAGGAUUUGCAGGAAGUAAAGUUGCAGCAAAGUGAAAAGAGAAACUGAACCAAAGACGUUCUCUGAAGAGAAAUGUCUGACUCUGACGAUUCCAGCUCCUUCCCAUUUCCCAAUUCUAGGAAAAACCCACCAAGGGAGGCAAAGAGACAGAGUUCCAACAAUCAGUCAGUAAAAGGACGAUGUGAUAUAGACGUUCAGUCAACAGAAUGUAAAUCUUUGAACACACGGCCCAAUUUUCAGGGAGAUAAGCAAGAUGAUUCCAGCAGUUCAAGACAUCGGGCGAUAAAAGAGAAUGAGAAGAAAAACAUCAAUGAAAAGUUAAAGGAAACAGAAGAGGAGAACGUGCGACUUGAGAGAUUGUUAGAGGAGGUGAAUGAAAAGAAGACUGAAAUAGAAGAGAAGAACGCACGACUUGAGAGAGCGUUAGAGGAAGCAAAUGAAAAGAAGACUGAAACAGAAGAGAAGAACGCACGACUUGAGAGCGCGUUAGAGAAAAAGAGUCGUUUUUUAAUUUGGCUGACCUCUGUGCUGAUUGUGGUUCCACUGUGUAUUGGAUUGCACUUAGCUUUCAAAGGGCAUGACAUGAACCAUCCUGAGCUUAGACUGAUGUUGGUGGGGAAAACUGGAGCAGGAAAGAGUGCAUCAGGAAACACCAUCCUGGGUGAAGAGGCCUUUAGAGUCGAGGCGUCUCCUGCAUCUGUGACUGCAAGCUGUAUGAAGAAGAACAAAGUCUUGGAUGGAAGAAACAUCACCAUAAUUGACACUCCGGGUGUCAUGGACACGUGGCUAAUAUCUAACCAAGCAGCCCACAGUGCACAUGAAUGUAUCUCCAUGUCUUCUCCUGUUCCUCAUGUGUUCCUUCUGGUAAUCAGACUGGGAAGAUUCACGGUGGAGGAGCGCAAUGCUGUGAAGUGGAUUCAGGAGAACUUUGGAGAAGAAGCUCUGAAGUUCACCAUGAUUCUGUUCACUGGUGGAGAUCUGCUGGAAGGGAAACAAGUGGAGAAAUUUAUCAGUAAUAGUUAUGAUCUCCAGAAUCUUGUAGACACCUGCGAAGCUAGAUAUCAUGUUUUUAACAACUAUGAACAAAGUAACCGCACUCAAGUCACAGAGUUGUUUGAAAAGAUAAAUGUAUUACUACACAAGAACAUGGGUUACUUUUACACAAAAGAGCUUCAUCAGAAGGUCCAGAGAAGCACCAGAGAAGAGGAAGAGAGAAAGAGAGUGAUUUUAGAGAAAGAGAUUAAAAUGGAGGAAGAGAGAAAGAGAGCCAAGGUGGAAAAAGUGAUCAGACAGGAAGAGGAAUUAAAGAGGAAACAGCAGAAAGAAGAGAUGGAAGUGGAGGAGAGGAGUAAGAUUAAUGAGAUGGUAAUUAAACUGAGAGAUGAGCAAUACGAGAACAAAAAUCUUAAGGCAGAGUUAGAAAAAGCAUACAAGACAUCUUUCUGGUUCAAGGUCUCAACUGGCAUGCUCAUUCUAAUUCUGAUCACUGUGGUUUGCUUUAAGAAAUGAAAAUAGCUGAACCAUUGGGAGAUUUUCACAAAUAACCAGGCCAAGGCUUAAAAUAAUAUUAAGCCUUAAUAUUAAGAUAAUAAUAAAAUACAGCAAAUAGAAAUUAAACUCACCCACUCACAAUGCGAAUAUGGCUUUACAAAUGAUAAUAAUGAGUUUCAGGACCCAACAUGUAUGUAUAGUUUUGAAUGUUGUUUUAGGGUGGUGUUAGCACUUGUGGCUUUAAUUAAACUUUUGUUGAAACUCUUUAAUUGCAAAGACCCAAAAAUUCAGAUCUGAAGCAAAUUCUACAGUGGAAAACAGGCAUGAUCAGGUGAUCAUCAAACAGUGUACACCAGGCUAGGAGUUACAGUUUGUUAAAAUAAAACUAUAAAGGGUUCCUGUAUGUUCAUGUGAUAUAUGCAAAUACAAAUAUACUGGUGUCAAUACUUCUCAAUUUAACUGCAUCUUAGCUUUUUUUUCAGAAUUAAGUGAAAUU